UGGAGAAAGUGGGAUCUGGAGGGACACCAUAAGAAGGUGUCAUGCGAAGAGUCAGCAUGCUGGAACAUGGGGACAGAAAUGUGAGACCCUGAUCACUCCAGUGGCAUCUCUCUGAGGCUCAGUUUGCUCAUCUGCAAAAUGGGUUGCUGUGAGGGUUCCGGUGUUCCUGGAAGCGCCUCCCAUCAAACACUUGGAAAGACAAUCGCUACGGUUUGGGGGGUCCGGGGGCCCCCAGAUAAGUGUGUCCGGAUUCAGUCGUUGAGGGGGGCUGAGCUGGGCUGAGGGGACGCCACUGCCCCCUGUUGGCUGUCCGGGCCAAAGCACCCCUGGCCCCCGACGGGCGGGGCGACCGGCGGGCUGCAAGCGGGCUGGCAGCCUCCAGACGGCCAGUCGGCCCUCUCUGGCGCCGCUUCUGUCCGUCGAUCAGUGCGAGGACGCCCGGCCCGCGCUCGGCGCGUGGGCUCCCGGCCCCUGGGAUCUCGCGGGGCGCAGGCGGCAUGGUUCCUCUCUGUUUCAACUGCUCCAUCCUCCCUGGAGACAGGUCCCUGGGUUCAAGGAGCCCGGUGCCCUGCAAUGGCAGCAGGGCUCUGGGACCCUUUGACCCCCAGGACCUGAACCUGACGGAUGAGGAGCUCAGGCUCAAGUACCUGGGGCCCCAGCAGACGGAGCUGUUCGUGCCCAUUUGUGUCACCUACCUGCUGAUCUUCGCGGUGGGCACGGUGGGCAACGCGCUGACCUGCACGGUCAUCCUGCGCCACAGGCCCAUGCGCACACCCACCAACUACUACCUCUUCAGCUUGGCUGUGUCGGACCUGCUGGUGCUGCUCGUGGGCCUGCCCUUGGAGCUCUAUGAGAUGCAGAACAACUACCCGUUCUUGUUGGGCGCUGGCGGCUGCUACUUCCGCACGCUGCUCUUUGAGACCGUCUGCCUGGCCUCGGUGCUCAACGUCACCGCCCUGAGCAUCGAGCGCUACGUGGCCGUGGUGCACCCGCUGCGGGCCAGGUCGGUGGUGACGCACGCCCACGUGCGCCGCGUGCUCGUAGCCAUCUGGGGCUUCGCGGUGCUCUGCUCUCUGCCCAACACCAGCCUGCACGGCAUCCGGCAGCUAGAUGUGCCCUGCCGGGGCCCGGUGCCCGACUCGGCCGUGUGCACCCUGGUGCGCCCGAGAGCCAUCUACAACCUGGUGGUGCAGGCCACCGCGCUGCUCUUCUUCUGCCUGCCCAUGGCCACCAUCAGCGUGCUCUACCUGCUCAUCGGCCUGCGGCUGCGGCGUGAGAGGCAGCUGAUCCUCAGACAGGAGGCCAAGGGCAGGGCCAGGACAAGCGACAGCCGCAGGCUCCAGGAUCGGGGUCGGACACAGGUGACCAAGAUGCUGUUUGUGCUGGUCAUCGUGUUCGGGAUCUGCUGGGCCCCGUUCCACGUCGACCGCCUUAUGUGGAGCUUCGUGUCCCAGUGGACCGAGGGCCUGCUCCUGGCCUUCCAAUACGUGCACGUCAUCUCCGGAGUCUUCUUCUACCUCAGCUCGGCCGCCAACCCUGUGCUCUACAGCCUCAUGUCCACCCGCUUCCGGGACACCUUCCAGGAGGCCCUGUGCCCGGGGACCCAGUGCCGCGGCCGUAGAGCCCACCACAGCUCCUACAGCCUCAGCAGGGUGACCGUGGGCAGCACCCUGGGUGACACGGGCUCCCCGGGAAGCCAGGCCCAGCCUCUGGCCAAGAACGGUGGCCCAGGGGGCCGGCAAGGGAUGGACCGCUCCUGAGAAGAGCCUCAUGCCGCUUCACCCCAAGCGGCCAGAAGGUCACACCCAACUAUGGGGGGCCACACCUGCCUCUUCUGGGGGCUGUCCUCUGUCCCCCUUCCCCACUUCAGCCUAGUAACUGACUGGCACCUGACUACUGCCCCCACCCAUGUAUUGGAAGGAUUAUAAGGUUGCUGUCUGCCCUGCAGGCCUCCAGGCCUCCUGGUACAGCCCUGCCCUGGUAGGAACAUCAUGGCUGGUUAAGUGGGCAUGGCAAGACUCCCAUCUGGGGGUUCCCCCACCCACCCCCAGUUUCUGAAGUGUUUCCGGGGCAGCCCUUCCUUUCCUUUCCAUUUCUUGCUGAGCUUCCGGUUCUGGUCCACUCUGCCCCCUCUAGCUCUUGGUGCACCUGGGAACCUGGGACCUUCCUCUGACCCAACCCCUCCGUGGCCCCCAGUUGACUUAUUCUGCUCUGGGAUUUCCACCUGGUGGAGCCACCAGGUGGCAGGUGUGCCUGGGAUCCAGGGGACCUGCUUCCAAUCUCAGCUGUGCUGCUACCUCCUGCUCACACCCUCCUUCCCCUGCUGUCCCUCACCCCCACCCCAGACCCGGCAUCAAGCAAAUUGCCUCUCCUUACAGGCCUGGGCCCCUUAUUUGCAAAACAAAAGAGGCCCUGACCCUCUGGAGCAUCGCGCUUUGGCUGGUUUUCUGUGUGGAUGCAGAAGUCACUGCUGGUAACAGAUACCCUCAGAUUAACAAGGCGGAAAUUACCCUUCACAUCCUCACUACCUUCAACCCUUACUCCUGCCCUGACCCCUACAAGCUCCCCACCCUACCUCCUCCAGAGCCACCCGUAAACAUUCUUUGUCCUAGAGAAAGUGAGACUUGGCACCGACCGAGGCACCACGUGUGUGAGCAGAGGCCCCUGCCUGCCUCCAUUCUCACCUGCUCACAUGCUGGCUUGGGGGCCUGAGAUGAGCAGAGCAUUGGGCCUGACUGGCCAGAGAAUCUCUGGGGACAAGAGACAUGGGCCACCCAAGGACAAGGGGUGCCCCGUGAGCACUGCUUGGGGCUCAGUGAAGUGAGAAGAGGGUGCAUGCAUGCUCAGUCAUAUCUGACUCUGAGACCCCAUAGACUGAAGCCCACCAGGCUCCUCUGUCCAUGGGAUUCUCCAGGCAAGAAUACUGGAGUGGGUGGCCAUGCCCUCCUCCAGGGGAUCUUCCCGACCCAGGGAUCGACUGGUGUCUCCGGCAUCUCCUGCACUGCAAGCAAAUUCUUUACUGCAGAGCCGCUAGGAAAGCCCUGAGGUGAGAAGUGAGGCGGGCUAAGUCCUGAAGUGAAGCUCCAUCCUGAAUCCCCAUGGAUAGCUGGGUGCUCAGCCAGGACUCACGGCCAGUUUAUGGCCAGAACUUGUCCUGCUACAGUGCCUGGCCCGUUCUCCUCCUGAGGGGGGACUGCAGCAGAAGGAAUCCUGGCCUCCCUGGCGAGGGGCUGUAGGGCCUCUGUGUGCUACGGGGCUCUCCCUGCAGACUCUCCCCAGCUCAGGCCCCUGGCACCCUGACUGCAAAGUGGAGGAGAUUGUACAAAAUGUUCUGGGGUUUUUGAAAUUCAAUUGUAAAAACAAUACUCAUUUUAGAAAAUUGGAAAUUACAAAUGAGCAAAAACGAAAACAAUUUAAAGUAAUUAAAAACCACCCUUGCUAGGGAAUGGGGGGAGGGGGAAACAGUUGUUUAAUGGGAACACGGUUUCAGUUUGAAAGUUUUGGAAAUUGGUUGCAAACCAAUGUGAAUAUACUUGAAUAAUAUUGAAUUAUACACUUAAGUGGUUAAGAUGGUAAAUUGUAUAUGUAUUUUACUACAAUUUCUUUUUAAGGAAGGAUUAAGCCUAAAGGAAAAGAAAAAGUCACCUAUAGCUUUACUCUCUAGAGGUAACCACCAUAUAUAAGAUAGGAUGGGCAAAUUUGAGAAGGGAGCUUGUGUAAAGAGGCUGUGCAGAGCCGUGAGGACCCAAUGUUGUCUCUGAAAUGAGCUCCCCGGAGGCUUUGGUUGGGGUGGUGGCCAACGCCAGACUUCAGGCUGGAGCCUGCCGUUGUUCCCCCAGACUUAACUGGACUCCCUGGAGCCUCUCUUAAGUGACGGUCAGAGCUGACGUGCUCCUGAGGCUUUGGUCAGUAUUUGUGAAGGGCCUGCUAUGGGCAGAGAAGCCCUGGGCAGAUGGGGGAACGUAGAGGAGGGGAGUUAUCAGAAGACCUGGGCUCUUAGUGUAAAUCUGAUGUAUGUCUCUCGACUGUCUCCAUAGCACAUCAGUGGGUAGGUCCCAUUUGUCAUGAGUCACUGGUUACCAUGGAAAGUGGAAACAGCAGCUCUGGGCUCAGCCCUUGAGAAACGCGGGGAGGUGGAAAGGCCAGCCAGCAAGAUCCCAGUCUCUCUGGGAUACAGCGUCUUCUGCAGCUUGCUCUGCUCUUCUGCAUGGUCAGGGUGGUGGGGGAGGUGGGGUGUGCGGCAGCAUUGCCGAGUGCCCAGUGCUACUCCCAGGAAGUGAGUGCUGGCUCCUCUGGGGCUCGCCACCUCCUGUCCUGGCUACAGUCAUACACAUCCCUCCUCCUCCUUGUUCAAGAGGCUGGGGCUGCUCUGCUUCCCGUCUCCUCCUCUUCUGCUGUGAUCCUGGGUGAUGCUGAAGCCCACAUGGACAGUCCACUGAGACCCUAGCAUCCGCUCCUGGUCUUUCCUACAGCUGUGGACACUCUUCCCCACCCCGGCCUUUUGGUCCCGUGGUCACCUCCUCACUCCCAGGACCUCCAGGAGCAUUUCAAUUUCUGGAAGUGGGAGCUCUUGACCAUGAUUGCCUCCUUCCCGCUCUGUUGCUCUAUAAGUGAUAGUUAUUCUUUAACCACGUCUAACCUUCCCGGUUCUCAGCUGCUCUUCUUUCUCCCAGUCCAUCAGUUGCCUCUGCUCUUCACUUCUUUUCUGAGGGUCCUAGAUACCAUGGUCCAUCACACACAACCCUCUCUACAAGUAUUUCUGAAGGUCGGGUUGAUCACCCUUUCCUUCUCAGAAAAAAAGGUUUAUUUUCUUUGGGAACUCACCAAGAUGGGUGUUAUCAACAAACAAAGCUACGUUUGCCCACCCUUCCUUCUGUUAAAAGUAUCUGCUCAGGAAAUAUAACGCAUGCAGCACUUCA